GCGGCCAGUCGCGCAGUUGAGCGCGAGACUUCGUCGGGGCAGCUUCAGUCGGGUGAAUGUUUGUUUCUAUUCGCCGAUCGUCUGUCGCUCGUGUUAUCUCGGAGACGACGUUUCGAUUCCGCGAGCGACGGAGCGAGUCCGCGAGUUCGUUGCCAGUAGCAGUCGCGACCAGCACAGAUCCGCGGCAAGAAAAGUGUGCGGCAGCUGAAUCUCGCGCGUACCCCGUACGUGUACACGCACGAAACAAAUCCGCGACCGUCAUUCGAGCCGCACUUUUCGAGGACGAGUCAGGCAGAGAGUUUACGAAUACUGCGCGCGGAAUCUGCUCUAGUUUCGCAAAUCAUCGAUAACUUGUGGACGAGCCAGAAAUAUAUUCCUCAGACAGUCUCCGACUUUAUCGUAUACGCAUCACGGGUUCAGGAAGAGGGAUCGCACGAGCUACAGGACGAUUCACCGUCGUUCGGUGGCGCGCGCGCGCGCGCGCGCGACGCACCUCUUCUCGCUCGCUCACACUCGCUUACUCACUUUACGACGAAAAGUCUCGGUGACGACACCGGCGUUCUAAGACUUUCUACUCCUCUCACCUCACCGGUAAUUCCGUUCACGCGUGUGUGCGCGCGCGCGCGCACACGCGUGAUAUCACGAGACGACGACGACGACGACGACGACGACUGCAACGGUGUAUACGUGAAAUCGCGCGCGGGAUCGUAUGCGGUCUCAGCGACAGCCUGUAGCUCAACAGCUGCUGCUGUUCGCCGCGUAAGGGAAAAGCGAACGAGCGAGCGAGAGAGAGCGAGCCAGCGAGCCAGCCAGCCAGCCAGCCCCAAACCAGACCGCGGCGCGUUGCGUUUCGGGUCUUUGUGAAACGACAUUCGACCAUGCGGCUCUUUGGGAUCUCCUGGAAACGAUGGCCCGCCAGCGGAAUAGAUAUGAGCAUCUUUCUCUUUAAUGGUUUUCUACUGUUGGGCCUCGUCGUGGCGACGGUGCCGGAUGUCUUCUUGGUGCUGGGCUCGCCUGGUCCCACGCAAAUCGUCGACCGGGAUGCAAACAUAAAGAAAUGCCGCUACAACAGAGCCUAUUCCUUACUGGAGGCGCGAUGCACGACUUUGGAGUUGCAGGAAAUCCCAGCGAAUUUAAAGACGGACAUUCAGGUGCUGGAUGCCACGGUGAACCGGCUGAGGGAGCUGACCAACGACAGUCUGUCGCCUUACAAGAGUCUGGCCUACAUUUAUCUGGCUGACAACUUCAUUCAGAAUAUCGAGGAGGCCACGUUCGCGAAUCAACAUUACCUGCAGGUGCUGGACCUCACGAAGAACGGUUGCGACGGUCUGCCCAAGAGCCUGUUUCAGCUGCCGUACCUCAGGACGCUCUAUCUCGAGAACAACAAGCUCACCGACUCGGUGUUCAAGGUUCCGGUGAGCUCGCCCCUCAGUGUACUGCAACUGGCCAAGAACAAGCUGACCAAGAUCCCCGAUAUCGACGUGCAGCCGACUCUCACGCAUCUCAACGUGUCUGACAACGCGAUCGCAUCGAUCAGCAGCGAGGACCUGGCGCCGUUCUGCUCGCUCAAACUGCUCGAUCUGUCGAGGAAUCCGAUCCGAUUCAGCGGCGAGGACUGCAAGUGCCAGGAGCUCAACGCUUGGCUGAAGCUACGGCAAAUCGAGGCGACGCCGGACUCGUUAGAUUGCAACGACUGGGCGUCCGAGUCAAUAGCGGCAACAACCACUACCGCGGGCCAAUGCGCCAACGUGCGAUUCAGCAAUCGGACGCGUCAGCUGUACGACAAGUGCUCGGCGGUCAUACAGCGCAAGGUGGAAACCGAGAAGGCCCGCUCGGUCUGGAUAAUGGUGGUCUCGUGCGUCUCCGUAUUUAUUGUUUUCGUCUUUGCCAUACUAUUCUGCGUCCACAGGAGGAAUCGUAGACGACGCAGGAAGCAAAAGGAGCAGCAGCAGCAACAGCUCACGGCGAACAACGCCAAUACCGAGCUGCUCAACAGCAAUCUCACGUCGGGCAAUUCGUGAAGCGAUCGGACCACAGAGAGGGCUGCCCGCAACUGUAAAGAGGAGAAGAAGAAGAAGGAGGAAGAGGAGGAGGAGGAGGAGGAGGAGGAG